AUGUCUGAACCUACUAAGUUGUCUUCAAGAUCACGUGUCUCUACAAUUGAAUGGGACAUGAUGGACAAGACCAAAUUCUUGCCAUUGAGUAUGUUAAGCUCAUUUUGUGUUCGCUGUACUCUCUAUCCAUUGACAUUAAUUAAAACUAGACUUCAAAUCCAAAAACAUGGAGAAAUGUAUAAAGGUUUGUUGGAUGCGUUUAAUCGUAUUUAUCAUACGGAAGGUAUGUCAGGACUUUAUCGUGGUUUUUGGGUGAGUUCUGCCCAAGUAUUAUCUGGUGCAGCUUACAUUGGUGCAUACGAACAAACUAGACAUAUGACAGCUCCAUAUUUGCAACAAUGGCCUGAAAUUAGAUCAAUGGUUGCGGGAGGUGUGGCAUCUGUUUUCGGCCAAACAAUAAUUGUACCUUUUGAUGUGGUCAGUCAACACUUAAUGAUGCUCGGUUUGUCAACUAGUAGUUCAGACAAAAAUAAAAUAAUAUAUUUUCGUCCAUUGGGUAUUCAUUUGGACAUCUCAAAGUCAAAAUUUCGUACCACAUUAGAUAUUGCUCAAUGUGUUUAUCAACAAGAUGGUUUUAAAGGAUUCUACAGAGGUUAUGUUGCCUCUGUUUGCACUUAUGCACCAAAUAGUGCAUUAUGGUGGAGUUUUUAUACAAUAUUUCAAGAUCAACUGGAAAAAAGGUGUCCAGUAAACACUUCACUUUUAUUUUUGCAAAGUAUAUCAGGAGUACUAGCUGGGUUCUCUACGACUCUGAUAACUAAUCCCAUGGACACAAUACGAGCACGAUUACAAGUACAAAGAACAAACUCUAUUGUUGGUACAUUCAAUGCCUUGUGGAAAGAAGAAGGCAUGUUGAUGUUCAGUAAAGGACUUUCUGCCAGAUUGGUCCAAUCAAUUUGUUUUAGUUUUACAAUUAUUUUAGGUUAUGAGAGCAUCAAAAGAGUUAGUGUACUUCAUGAAUACAAAGAUCACGUACGAUGGUAAUAUCUAUCAGUGUCUUAUGUGUAAGAAUUUUUUUUUUAGAAAAUUGUAUUUUUUUAAGGGAGCACAUAUCACAAAACAUAACGGUACUUCAGGUUAUCUCAACUCCUGAAACUUUAAAAAAAUUUUUAAAUUUAAAACAAAAAUUAAGUACUUAAUUAAAACCAAAAUUAAAAUUUAUUAAUUCAGUAUUACAAGUACACAGCAUAUUAUCAGAUUGUAUGAGGUAGUCUCAAAAUGUAUAUGUAGUCGAGAUAAACCAGAUGAUUAUAACAGGUAAACUUAGACAAUAUUUGGUAGUCUAGAUAACCCAGAAGUACCAAAAUAAGUUUUAUUAGAUAUAAAAUCAAUAUAUAGGUUCCACCGUUUUAUUUUAAUUAUUUGAAUAUGUAUAGGAAAUUAAAAAUAGCUAUGUGACCACAUGGCAGCCUAUCCAACAUUUUUAAGUGUGACUGCUUCACACAGUGAUUAAUACAACUUCAAACAUCACCGAAUAAUAAUUUGUUGAUUAUCAUACAUUUGAUUUUAGCAAAUUGUGUGCAGUGUGCUCCUUUAAUAGUUUUAAAUGAAUCGCUAAAUGACACAUAAUAUUAUGAUUAUUGAUUUACGUUUUGUUAUGUUGACAAUUUGACUUGCUUAUUUAUGUAUGAGUAGUCAACACUUAUUUUUUAUUGUUACCUUUAGUUAUUUUAUUUGUACGUUGUUAAAUGUGUUUCACUUCUAAAAUUAUAGUUUUAUUAUAAUGCAAUUGAUUAAAUUUUUUCAUCAUCAUGGUUUUAUAUAAUUUUUAUUUUAAAAGUUACGUUGUAUAUCAUAAUUAAAAAUAAUGUUAUUGUUUAUUACUGUAAAGAAUAUAGUUUUUUAGAAAUGUAUAACGUUCAAAUUGAGUCUUAUCAGUUACCAAAUUAUUCAAUGAAUGUGAUUUUACCGAAGUCCAAUUAUACAUGCAUAUUAUUAGAUGAAUA